AUGGUGGCAACAUAUGAUGAAACGACAGGGCGCUUGCACGGCGUCCGCGAGAACGCCGAUGGGAGCAUCGACCAAGACUCGCUUCCGUACACCGCCCAGCUCGCCGUCAACGAGGUCACGAACUGGAUCUACGACUGCCAGGAGGAUGGGACAAUUGAAGGUGUCGUAGAUGGCUAUGAUACCCGCCGUUGGACCCCUCAAGGAGAGCGCAAGGCACCCAAAUUCGUCCGCUUCCACCAGUUCGACAGCGGCAAACACUGCGAUGAAAUAUUUUGGGAAGAUCCAUAUACGUUCACUCCGCGACGCGGCAGGCUCGGCUAUGUCGACUCUUGGGGUAUCUACCCCCACGAUGCGGACGGCCAUCGCGAAGUGGACGGAAUGCGUAUUUAUGAGCGCAGCACACACCUCAUCAUGAAACCGCCAGAGCUCCAGUUCAUCCAUGCGCUCAUGGACAAAAAGGCAAGGUCGUCAGACCCCGCGACAUCUGCCGCCACGCCCGCCGCUCACUGCACACACCACAGCCAUAUCCCGCAUCCGAAAGACCCUAGGGCAGACCGGUACUGGCGGCGCAUUCGCGUCUCGGGAGGACUGCCUCUCAGCGUAUUUGCAGACAAAGUUUUGACACCGGUCUGGGGUUGGGUCCGCAACCUCCACGCACACACUUUCCAUGACUACUCGGACGGGUCCUUGUUCGGUCCUACGGACUGCAACGCCGUCGAUAUGAUGCACCUCGACAAAUCUGGGUACGCGUACAUGCCGGAGGAAGACUACUGCCUCGCGCAUCUCCUCCGGAAGCCCGGCCAAGUGAUAGGCUACCACUACGACUUUGGCGACAACUGGUGGGUCGACCUCAAGCUCGAGGCGAUCACCCCGCCCUGGGAAAGCACAGGCGCAGUCGAGGUGCUCGACGGCGCAGGCGGCACCCCGCCCGACGGCCAGCUCACCGGCACCUGGCACUGGGCCGACUACCUCGCGCGCGCCUCAAAGUCGCUCAGCGCAAAGCGCGAGGCCGUCAUCGCGCUCUUCGGCGCGACGAACUACGAGGGCCGGCUGCCGCCCACGCUGCCCACGCAGUACGACUUCGACGCGUUCGACCUGCAGGAGGCGCGCGCGCGCGUGCGGCAGGCGCUCGACAGCAAGGCGAGCAUGCCGGGCGCGAGCAAGAAGGUCGUCACGCCGAUCGCGAAGAACGCGCGGGACGACGAUUUGGCGGUGAUGCUGCGGCUGGGCGUGCACCCGAGCGAGAUGAAGAAGGGUACGGUGCUUGUGCGGACGCCGGUCGCGGGGAGCACUGUGGGCGCGUUUUGGGAGGAGGGCGUGCGCGACCGCAGGAUGGACAACCCGGGGAACACGGCGUGUGCGCAGUGCGGCAGUCCGAACGAGCUGAAAGCGUGUGCGCGGUGCAAGCAGCGGUAUUAUUGCGGCAAGGCGUGUCAGAAGGCGCAUUGGACUGGCGGGCACAAAAUGGAGUGUGCGCGCGACAGUUCGAAGACGAUCUAG